CCGAUGCAGUCUCGCCUCGUAACUUUGGGUCGCCCCUUGCGUUCUGAACCUCAGAUUCCGCGGCUUUCACGGGAAGACAGGAGCUGAUGACAGCCAGCCACAGUCACGGAGGAUAUGCGGCGUUGUUCCAGUGGAUCCUCGCCCCCUAUCAUCCUCCUGGGCUCGUCCAUGGGCGCAACGGUCAAGCCUGGCUGGCGCCCAAAAAAAAUAAGCCUGCCAGAUCCGGAACAUCCCCCAUCCAGAAUGGGUGGGUGGAGGUUGGCCGUGUCGAGAGGGAAUUUAGUCAAAGGAACAGUAAUCGAAAUUUACAACUUAAGGGAGAGAAGAGAGGAGGUAUUUGAGUGGGAAGUAUUAUUAAUGUAUCAUUAAACGAUCAUCUGGUCGAUAGCGCAAUGUAACACAACCAACAGUCAUGGGGUAUUAUUAGAUCCAAGCUCACAGUACUU